AUGUCGGCCACGUAUCUCCCUCCUGUGAUGAUGGGGUUCGAAACAAUUUUCUUGAACAUCUAUCUAGCAGGGAUGAACGAAGAGACUCUGGCGCUUCUAGCAAUCGCGGAGACACACCCCAAGCUCACCCACUUUAUCACUACGUCGGUCCCGGCAGGCCUCCACAACUCAAGACAUGGCCUAUUAGCCGUUAAUGAAGGUGAUGACCUAGAGUUGAACGGUAAAGAUGGAAUACCAUUUGUACGUGAGCAAGCGGCUAUCCAGGCGCGUGGGGAGAGCCGAGGAGCUAUUAGUGAGGCAGCGGCCAGCCUGCAGAGCAUGGCCAACUUCUGUGGGAAUCAACACAUAGGCUUCCCUAGGGUCGCCAACUCGGAUAGAGACUUCUUUCGUGACGAGGGUGCCGUCUGGCCCAAGGUGGGUGAACUCGGCCUUGCGGCACGAAAGGGUCUCGAAGCCGAAUUCUUGGCACCCACUUCUUCCAGGGUUCAUGGAGCUUCCUCGGUCGGCAUCACCACACGCUUCACACGUCACGCUCCGAAGCGACGUACGACCACAUUCACGGCCCGACCCUGCGCUUCUCCACGUCUAGAACCCCUCUGGGUGGCAAAAAUGACCGCCCUACUCCUUCGGCCUAAGAAGCAUUUCGCCGCCCGCAUUGCCGGCUUCGUGGACGACUUCGAUGGCCUUCGCCGGCUUCUUGCGGAUGGAGAAGCCUACCCGUCGGUGCGUAGCGAUCUCGCAAUCGCUCAAUCACUACCGGCUGUUCCUACCGCGGAGUACAGCCGACACCUCCAACGCAGGUGUCCAGCUUGUAAUCGCCUCCUCUCGGAUGGUUGCUGCCCAAUGACGCACCUUCUCAACCUGUAUCGACAGAACCCUCAGCCGGCAAACGCGCCGCUAUUUUGUCUACACGAGAAGCCCUUCUCCCAGCAGAAUGUUAUCCAGCUCCUACGCAAUCAGCUACGACGCUGCAACAUCGCCAUGCCGGAGAGGUAUAAGGGCCACAGCUUCCGCCGGGGAGCCGCGCAAACGGCGCACGACAAUAGCCUCAGCGAGGACCAUAUCAAGGCACUGGGAUGCAGCAGUUCGUCUCAGGAAGACUGCCGCCACUCUCCUUCCCUAUCCUACCUCCUCCUACACCUUAAAACAACAACACUAUGGGCGCAGGAAGUGGGCCCGGGGCCAUCUCUCGCCCGGCAGAACUGGCUAAGCGAGAUCACGUACAGCAUCACACCGGCUCGAUCUAGCCUAGCCCCUACGCCUCCUAAACAUGCUACUAUACAAUGUCCAACUCCAUAUACCUCUGCAGGGGAUUGGUGUAGAUAUAUCACUCCUGGAGUAGCAGCGGCGUAUCUAAUCAUGGACCCAAAUAUGCGUCAGAAGAGCGAUGAACGGGAGUUAGUAUCUGCAGCUGUUGGGCUAGGAACUUCUGGUCUAGAAUUCGUACUUCACUCACCCUUUAGCCCUGGCUAAACUUCUGCCUAGAUUUGCUACCUUUUACGAGGGCGCCACUAAGCGUAAAAUAGGG